AUGGAAGACGCAACGAAAGAAACAUCGGCUCCUGCAACGCCAGAAACACAUGACGCUAUGGAAGAACAUGUGACUGCGCUUGAGGACACAAAUACGCCACAAACGGGAUCUUUGGCUAGAUUGAAAUCUUGCACCCUCGAAACAAACAAUCAAACAGUUCCCGCUCCUUUUGAAGCAACAUUCAAUGAUGAACAGCCGCAUGGCGCGGCAUUGCCGUUGGAAGGCAUUCCUGAAGUAAAGGAAGAUGUUCAGUGCGGUGCAUACGGGGAGGGGGAGAAUAAUAAUAAUAAUAAUAAUAAUGACUCUGUUGAGCUUCGCGGUGAAGCUGAAAAGGAGGAGGUUGAUGUGGGCUGCUCCGAGGAGUGUGAGGAGGAGUUUAGCUCAGGUGGGGAUGACGCUUCGGCAGCAGAAGAGGAGGGAGGCGAAACCAAAAGAGCACGCAGGGGGAAGUCGCGCCGGUCGCGCAAAUCAGACGGAGGAGAUGCGUAUAACCCCAUCGCUGAGAGUGAAUACAAGGCAAUCAGUAAAGAUGUUAUCAACUGUGUGUGGGGUAACACUUUCCUACAAGCAUCAAGUUCCGUGGAGAAGGACUUGCUUCCACCCGAGCUUCUGGAGCCAAUGGAGCGCCGGCGCGUGUUUAUAACAUCGUCGCAGGCCCGUCGCCUAAAGGCACUCCGUGCGGCCCAAAUGAUUCAAGAGAAAGACGAUACACACGUUCAGUUUGAAGCGAAUGUUGAUCUCCCACAGGUCACAUUGCCGAUACUGCAUAAUACUUUACGUGUGGAGGGAGAUGGAUUUGGGAAGGCAAACAAGUCAGUUGAUUCGGCCUCCGACAAAACUGAAUACCAUGGUUCAAACAGGUGUGAUACGGACUCUGAUGAUGAAGUUGAUGGUGCGGGACAACAAGGCGAGAAAUCUUCUGAGCAGAUCGGACAUGCCGUGGGGGAGGCGCAGUUGCCACUAAUAUCAGGAUGUGGUAGUCAUCCACAGGUUCCCGGUGCAGAUGCCAAUGGUGCUCCAUCAUCCACCCUUCACCCCAAGCCACCAUGUUCAAAUACAUUUCCAUGUUCAGUGGCUGAAGACAAUGCAGGUGCUGGUGGGAAUCCUGUGGAUGGUGGGACACGAGUGUUGCCAUUCAGUUUCUUCACUAUGGUGCCCAUCAAGGAUAAACAAAGGGACGUCGUGCCGGGCUCUCGAAAUUCGGCUAGUUUGAGUAAACCACGACUGUCUACUCAGGCGGGCCGUCGCAUGUCUAGACGACUGUCAGAGGUGCCGCCACCGAGUGCGCGGUAUCCAACACCACCACGACAAGACGGAGGCGCUCUGCCGCAAAAGUCAGCCACCUCCACCCUUUACGCGUCCGCUGCUGAAAAACUGAGGAGCCAAAAUGGAAUUUGGGAGGAAAUGUAUGAAAUCAUUGAGGAGACGCGUGAUUCCGUCUUGUAUGCCGAAGCAAUGGAGGCAUCCGGGGAGAUGAUUGAAUGA